AUGAGUAUGUCAAACACUCGCACAAUCCUCCAUAAAGAUAAUGCAACCAAAUUUGUGAGCCGGGAGCGCACGUAUGACUAUCUGUACGACCCAGUUUACACCGUCUCAUCAGAGGUGGAUCAUAUCAGGACCAGCUUGAAGGCUUACACAUCCAAGGACAGAGUGUUGAAAAUCCCAGAGUAUGGAUCUAUGUUCAGCCAUCUUCCUCACUAUCCAAGAUUCAAACUUCAGCUGGACCCUUCAGACCCUGUACCAGCCACUGUAGACCGCCGAUGGAGAGGUCACGCAGAGCAAUACAAAGAGGCACUGCAUCAACUGGCUGGUGUUAGAAGUGCCUCAUCAAGGCUGCAGAAAGAGGAAGGUCAUGUGACUGGAUCUGAUCGCUGGAAGUAUUUCUCACACCCUUUGAUUCCAUUUGGACAGCAGCUGCCCCCAGAUGUUAUCUUUGCGUUGCCAAAAGAAGAGUUUGUGUCCAGUCUGGACCAAAAGCCUAUACAGCAGCCCACACAUUUUACUGUGGCAGUCCAGACUGACUACAGAGAGAGUGAAACACAGACAGAUCCUUACAGUCCAGAAUAUAUUAUCGAACCUGGCACAACGCCUUCUGAACUCCUGACUCUGGCAUCUCUGACUUGGGGUCAUGGACUGCCUGCAGGUUUGGCAGAGGUAGAAAUGAUAGAGCGUGCUCGAGCCAAAAGAGCAUGGGAGGCCACUCUCCCUCCACUGGAUGACCUCAGUCAGCUGGACAAAAGGAGACGCAUGAUGGAGAAGAUAGAGGCUAGGGAGUGGGCUUUCAGAGAGGGGCAAAUCCAGAAGCUAAAAGAGGCCCGUCUAGAGGUGCUGACAGACCUCCUGAAAAAAAGGGACGAGAUUCAACAGAAUUAUACACAUGACAGACUGAAGCAGAUCAAUCAUAAGCUACAGAAAGAGAAGGAGACCAAAAUUAAUAAGAUCAACAAUGACUAUUUCCGGGCAAUGAGAAAAUUGGACGCCAGACACAGUAUAGCAAUGGACAAACUAACACAUGCAUUGAACUUCAAAGAUUAUUCUGAUCUUUCCUCGCACAUGCGCCCUGCUGUAAGACGAAAGCAUGACGCAGACAAAAACUACUACUUUGACACCGAAGGCUUCACAGAACUGGAAACUGGGCUCUCUGCUUCUUCAUUGAAAUCAUCAGUGAAAAGUGCACAGCAACCCACUAGGAGUAAGAUCAAAAACUCUAGUCAGAGAGCGAUUCAGCUGUAUGAGCAGUACACGGCCCUAACGAGAAAAGACACGUCAGAAGAGCCAUUGGAAUGCCUUGUCAAGACUGAGAAGUCUUCUCCUCCGCCAGUCACUCCUGAAGUAGAACGACCACCAGAAGGGGAGGAAGAGAGAGAAAUUGCUGUCAUCAACUUGCAGCUCGUUGUCAAGAUUGAGAAGCCUUCUCCUCCGCCAGUCACUCCUGAAGUAGAACGACCACCAGAAGGGGAGGAAGAGAGAGAAAUUGCUGUCAUCAACUUGCAGAAGUUACUGAGAGGAAGAGUCGAUGCUCUUCAGAGUAAAGAACAGGCGCUACAGGAAGCAGAAAAAGACCGAAUAUUGAACCUCAAACGAGAGAGAGAUCAACAGAUCCGCAGGACUGAGCACGUGGAGGCACUGCAGGCCAGAGCUGUGGACACAGAGCUUCACUACAUGUUUGACACUUUAUCCAAAGAGCUGAUCAGACUGCAGGAGGAACGAAGGAUCCAUGCCUUCACUCUCCUCGCUGAGAGAGACCGCCGCAUGCGAGAGGCGGAGGAGAGUGGGAGGAGACAGGUUGAAGAACGCAGAAGAAAAGAAGACGACGACAUUUUCAGACAAGUGGUGCAGAUAAACCAGGAGAGUGUAGACUUGUACUUGGAGGACAUCAUUCUGGAGACCACAGAGACUGCAGCAGAUGAGCAGGCGAGAAAGGAGAUCCACCAACUGGCCAAAGAGGUCAAUGAUGUAGCCUGCGCCAUGGAGGAAAGCUGUCAGUCUGAAGCCAUUGUCUAUGAGUUGGUGUACAACUUUCUCAUCCCAGAGGUGGCUAAGACAAGUGUCAGGCAAAAAGUUCAACAGAAGCAGGAGAGACACUUGCAGGCGGCUCGGAGCAUUAUCCAUGGCCUCCUUCAUUCACCUCCCUCUGCUCAAAGCCCCUCAAACUCUGUCACUCAGGAUGAAGAGAGAGUGAAAGAGUCAGAGCAGCCUCAUACACACACAAACAAUUAA